GCUGGUCCAGGCAAUAAUUAAUUUCUCAAGGCCCUUACCCUCGCGAGCCUCAACCCCUUUAGCACGAGAGAGAGUCGGUCCCCUCAACCCUUUAGUACGAGAGAGAGACGGUCCCUCUCUCGACGGUCAUAUUGCGAGAGCCGGCGAGUGGAGUCGGCCUUGGAGAAGCGUAGGCCCUUCCUCUCCAAGCUGUAAUUUUGCUUGCAAAAAAGACUUCUCCUGAGAGGCGAGGAUAUGGGAAAAGCAUCCAAAGACAAGAGGGAUAUUUACUACCGCAAGGCAAAAGAAGAGGGUUGGCGGGCACGGAGCGCGUUCAAGCUCCUCCAGAUCGAUGAGGAAUUCAACAUCUUUCAAGGGGUGAAGCGCGUGGUUGAUCUUUGUGCAGCCCCUGGCAGCUGGAGUCAGGUGUUGAGUCGAAAGUUAUAUGCUCCAGCUAAGAUGUCACCGGAUCAUAGGGAUGGCGAUCUUCCGCUUAUUGUUGCAAUUGACUUGCAACCCAUGGCUCCAAUAGAUGGUGUUAUUCAAGUACAGGGGGAUAUCACUAAUGCCAGGACUGCUGAAGUGGUUAUCAAACAUUUUGAUGGUUGCAAAGCAGACUUAGUUGUUUGUGAUGGCGCUCCCGAUGUUACUGGACUUCAUGAUAUGGAUGAAUUUGUUCAAUCACAACUUAUUUUGGCGGCAUUAACAAUUGUCACUCAUGUGCUUCGAGUGGGUGGAAAAUUUAUUGCAAAGAUUUUUCGGGGUAAAGACACAAGUCUCCUCUAUUGCCAACUGAAGCUAUUCUUCUCUCAUGUUACAUUUGCAAAACCAAAAAGCAGCCGCAACUCCAGUAUUGAGGCAUUUGCAGUUUGUGAGAAUUAUUCACCUCCUGAAGGAUUUAAUGAGAGAGAUUUAUAUCACCUUCUGGAAAAGGUGGGCAGUCCUUCCGGGGCUGACAAUUUAGAUUGCCAUAGUGGGUGGUUGGAGGGGCCAAACAAGGUUUAUAUUCCUUUUUUGGCUUGUGGGGACCUCAGCGGCUACGACUCUGACCGUUCAUACCCACUCCCAAGUUCUGCUGAGGGAGGCCGUUACCAGAGCUUGGAUCCGGUACAGCCCCCAAUUGCGCCUCCUUAUAAAACAGCGUUGGAACUGAAGAAAGCCUCUAGUCGUGGGAUUCUAGAAAUGGACAAGCUCUCUCUUAAUUCCUGAUGGAUUUUCCUUUCCACGAGAGAGAGAUGGAUUCUCUGUUUCUUCUUUCUUUGGAGGUCGCAUGGAUAUGUAAAAGGGCCGAUGGGCAUUUGUGGCCCCAAAAUGAAACUGCAAUUACCUGGAGCGGUAUAUCGUACUUUUGAAAUUUUGACCAUGAGAAAGUAUUGGUAUAAUUUGAAUCAACUGUCUGUAACCGCAUGGUUGUACGAUAAGUGUUUCUCUAGAUACAUACAGCCCCGGGUGUAUGUUCUAAGGACCAUCUCUUCAUCAAAUUAUCAAUCUUUCUAUAUUCGACUGGGAAAA